AUGUUGCUCGCGUCACUCUUCUGUCUCUGCACGCUAGCAAGCUAUGCGCUCAGCUUUGGGCUUACCGAGUCUGGCAACAGUUAUGUAGUCGAUACCAGCGCUGGGCUUGUCUUUACCGUGGAAAAGACGUCGGGGGAUAUUACCUCCAUGUUGUUCAACGGUAUUCAGGCACAAGAUCAAAGCAAACGCAGCCACAUUGCAUCAGGGAUCGGAGCCUCUUGCUCAUGGACCCGAGGCGGAAAUUCGAACAACUACAUUACCAUCACCUGUACAGCAGGCUCAGUGACUCAAUAUUACGUCGCUCGGUACACAGACCCCGCUAUCCACAUGGCAACAUACAUCUCUGCCGAACCGUCCGUCGGCGAACUUCGUUUCAUUGCAAGGCUUAACAGUAAUACGUUGCCCAAUGGCUACCCACAGUCUAGCAUCAGAGGUGGCUCAGCCAUCGAAGGAAGCGAUGUCUACAAUGUCAACGGUCAAACACGAUCCAAAUUUUAUUCGUCAAGGCAAUUCAUUGACGAUCAAGUCCACGGUGUAACCGGCAACAACAUUGGUGCCUAUAUGAUUAUCCCUGGAACAGGCUACGAGGGCAGUUCUGGUGGGCCAUUUUUCCGUGACAUCAACAACCAAGGAGGCGACCAACAGGAACUAUACUACUGCAAUCGAAUGGGCUUGCAUGGGCCAUAUGCUCUUUGGUUCACCACUGGAGGCGCUCCAUCGGGUUCGAUAAACACCCAAUUCUGGGAGGGACUCUCAAUCAAUGGUCUCGUCCCUUUGAGUGGGCGUGGACGUAUCACCGGAAAGGCAACUGGGUUCCCUUCAGGGUUCUCGUCGCUGAUGUCCAUCGGGUGGAGCAACUCAGCUGCACAAUACUGGGCGAGAACCGAUACCAGUGGUAAUUUCGUGUCGCCGUACAUGAAGCCGGGAACGUACACGAUGACCUUAUACAAAACCGAGUUGGCUGUUGGUUCUCAAUCGGUGAGUGUCUCUGCAGGUGGAACGGGGUCGUCAAAUAUCGCAUAUUCGGAAUCAAAUCCUUCCGUCAUCUGGCAAAUUGGCGACUUUGAUGGAACGCCUAGAGGCUUUUUGAAUGCCGACAAAAUAGAGACCAUGCACCCAAGUGACAGCCGAAUGAGUAGCUGGGGCCCAAUUACAUUCACAGUUGGCUCAAAUAUCAACGGCUUUCCGAUGGCGAUUUUCAAGACAAUUGGCGCGGUUACGGUCCGCUUUACUCUGAACUCGAAUCAACUCGGCGCCAGGACCCUGCAGAUUGGAACCACACUGGCCUUUGCAGGUGGCCGCCCUCAAGUGACUGUAAACGGAUGGUCGGGACCCCAACCUCCAGCACCCUCCCAACCUGAUAGCAGAGGUGUCACGCGCGGAACUUGGCGAGGAAACAACAUUAUGUAUACCGUCAACAUCCCUUCGGGGACACUCGUGAGUGGGACAAACACCUUGGUGAUCAACGUCAUUUCCGGCUCGUCGGGCGAUCAGUUCUUGUCGCCAAAUGUUGUCUUCGACGCCAUUAGGCUAUACUAG